AUGGCUCCCCGCACUCUUGACACCAUUAAGAAGGAGCACAAGACUGCUCACCGCCGCCACCGCAGUCGUCCCUCGCAGACCGACAUCAUUGACUCCCUCGAUACUGUCGGUGGAGCUUACCACCACAGUGGUCCCUUUGAUGCCGCUUCCGCCAGUAUGAACACCCACAAGAAGUACUCGCCUCUCGAGGCUGUCCGUGACUCCAACAUGGAGGCCCUCAAGGCAACCCCUCCGGAAUACAUCAAGGACUCCCUCGAGAGAAACCUUCCCCUCCAGGGCACGGCUACCAUCCCCAGUGGCUACACCGACCUCUCAGGCAAUGUCAUGCAAUACGAGGAGGGAACCGAUAUGAUGCGUGACCCUACUGCCGGGGGUGGUGCUUACAAGCGAUGGGACGGAAUUACAUACCACCCUGACGACCUCAAGGGCAAGGGUAGCGAGUUCGAAUACGAGCGUGACCUCAAGCUCAAGAAGGCUCAAGGCCGAGAGGAAGGUGUUGAGAUGCUCCCCCAGCGCUCCAGCCACAACUUCCGCAAUGGCGAUGACCGUGCCACUUCUGCUGUUGACGGUAUCUCCACUGGCCGACGGGUCGCCGAUGGCGUUAAGCGUCGCCUUGGUGGCCUGUCACGAAAGAGAGAUGUACUCGUCAACUAA